GUCGAUCUCACCGGUGGCUACUAUGACGCCGGCGACAACGUCAAGUUCGGCUUCCCAAUGGCUUUCACCACGACCAUGCUCUCGUGGAGCGUGAUCGAGUACGGCAAGCGCAUAGGCCCGCAGCUCGGCAAUGCUCGCGCUGCCAUCCGCUGGGCUGCAGACUACCUCCUCAAGUGCGCCGCUCAGUCUCCCGGCCGACUCUACGUCGGAGUCGGAGACCCCAGCACCGACCACCACUGCUGGGAGCGGCCGGAGGACAUGGACACACCCCGGACGGUGUACUGGGUGUCACAGAGCAGCCCGGGGUCGGACGUGGCGGGGGAGACGGCAGCGGCUCUGGCAGCCGCCUCAGUGGUCUUCCGCGUCGCCGACCGGAGCUACUCGAAGCAGCUGCUAGCGGCGGCUAGGAUGGUAAUGGCGUUCGCGAUGCAACACCAAGGGCGCUACAGCGACUCGCUUGGCGGAGUGAUGUGCCCAUUCUACUGCUCCUACUCCGGAUUCAAGGACGAACUGCUGUGGGGUGCUGCAUGGCUUUUCAGAGCAACAAACGAUGCAUUUUACCUAAACUACACAAGAUCUUUAGCUGCAAAUGACGACACUGAUAUCUUUAGCUGGGACAACAAGUUUGCUGGAGCAAGGGUGCUUCUUUCUAGGAGAGCAUUCGUGGACAAAGACAGCUCUUUGGCACAGUUUGAGCACCAAGCUGAGGAUUUCAUGUGCAGAAUACUCCCCGGUUCUUCUUCCUCCUCCACCCAAUACACUACAGGGGGUUUGAUGUACAAGCAGAGCUCUGCCAAUCUCCAGUACGUCACCUCCAUUUCUUUCUUGCUCUUCACUUACGCCAAGUAUAUUGCUCCCUCGAAACACACUUUCACAUGUGGAAAUCUCAUGGUGAGAUCGAGCACCCUCAAGUCCCUUGCGAAGAGGCAGGUCGACUACAUUCUCGGGCAGAACCCUCUAAAUCUGUCGUACAUGGUCGGCUUUGGAGCAAGGUACCCCCGGAGGAUCCACCACAGGGGCUCCUCGUUGCCUUCCAUGGCUACUCACCCUAGCCGCAUUGGUUGUCAAGCAGGGUUCCAGUACUAUUCGUCGAGCAGCCCGAACCUUAACAUCUUGACCGGUGGCAUCGUCGGGGGACCAGACCAAAGUGAUGCCUACUCCGAUGACAGGGGCGACUACAGCCGGUCCGAGCCCGCCACCUAUAUCAAUGCUCCUCUUGUUGGAUCCCUUGCUUAUUUGGCUGCCACUUAUGGCAGUUGA